AAAAGCAUUACAUCCGGGGCAGGUGUUCAGGUCAAACGGAGAGGUUUCACAUCCGUUAUAGCCAUCAUGUUAUUACGAAGGGUGUUACAGUGUAGUGUAUCUGCACUAAAGAGCCAGCGGUCAUUUCACCCGAGUGCUCCAUGGAGAAGUCCUCUCAUUCCCAUCGUUAUAGAACAGACAGGCCGAGGGGAACGUGCCUAUGACAUUUACUCACGUCUUUUGAGGGAAAGAAUUAUCUGUGUAAUGGGUCCAAUUGAUGACUCGGUGGCAAGUCUGGUGAUUGCACAACUGCUUUUCCUUCAGUCUGAGAGCAACAACAAGCCUAUUCACAUGUACAUCAACAGUCCUGGUGGCGUGGUCACAGCAGGGCUGGCAAUCUAUGACACUAUGCAAUACAUCCUUAACCCGAUUUCUACGUGGUGUGUAGGCCAGGCUGCUAGCAUGGGCAGCUUACUGCUGGCAGCGGGCACUGCGGGUAUGAGGCACUCGCUGCCCAACGCUCGCAUCAUGGUACACCAGCCUUCUGGAGGGGCCAGGGGUCAAGCAACAGACAUUGCUAUCCAGGCCGAGGAGAUUCUCAAACUUAAGAGACAGCUUAACAACAUCUACUGCAAACAUACUGGACAGCCUCUGGAAACUAUAGAGAGCGUGAUGGAGAGAGACCGAUACAUGAGUCCUAUGGAAGCACAAGACUUUGGGAUUAUCGACAGGGUCCUGGUUCACCCUCCCCAGGCUGGGCAGGAUGAGCCAGAGCUGGUCCAGAAGGAGCCGACAGCAUCCGCCUGCCCCUCAGCCCCCUCCCAACCCUUGGUCUCAGAGGUGGACCAGUGUGGAGCUAGUCCACCUUCUUCUCACAAACCUGAACCGUGACAUUGAGGACCGGUCAGUGAUCGGGUUCAGGCACAGUUACACUUUUAUACAAUGGGAUGAGAUACUUGAGAGUACCUUUGUUCCUCUCUGAUUUCCACAUGUGAGCCUGUGUUGUACGUGUAUCACACUGUACUGAGCAACUCUUAUCCUAGGACAGUUAAGACUGACAACAUGAAGUCAAAACAUUAUGGACAAAUAUGUAACAAUAUGGAACUUUGUCUUCCUGUACCCAAAGUUUGUGAUUUUAACUAAUUAGAAUCACAAAUAAAAACACCACCUGAA